CCCGCGGCGGGAGGUGGAAAGCGGUGUUAUUUUUUUUUCUUUGGCGGCAGUUUGGCUUUUUAAGAAGCAUCUGUGGUUUAAAAGCCAGGGAGAAUCUGGAAAGGGGCCGUCACUCCUAGCCCUCUUUUCCUCCGAGUUUGCGUCUCCAUGGGCCAAGAUGGACAAAGUUUGUGCUGUCUUCGGAGGCUCUAGAGGCAUUGGGAGGGCAGUGGCUCAGUUAAUGGCCCAAAAAGGCUACCGACUGGCCAUCAUCGCCAGAAAUCUGGAAGUGGCCAAAGCCGCCGCCGGUGAGCUCGGCGGAGAUCAUUUAGCGUUUAGCUGUGAUGUUGCCAAAGAACGUGAUGUUCAAAAUACAUUUGAAGAGAUGGAAAAAAAUUUAGGUCGAGUUAAUUUCUUGGUAAACGCAGCUGGAAUUAACAGGGAUAGCCUUUUAGUAAGAACAAAAACUGAAGAUAUGAUAUCUCAGCUUCAUACUAACCUCUUGGGUUCCAUGCUGACUUGUAAAGUUGCCUUGAAGACUAUGAUUCAACAGCAGAGAGGGUCUAUUGUUAAUGUAGGAAGUAUUAUUGGUUUAAAAGGCAAUUCUGGCCAGUCUGUGUACAGUGCAGGUAAAGGAGGACUAGUUGGAUUUUCACGCGCUCUUGCUAAAGAAGUAGCAAGAAAGAAAAUUAGAGUGAAUGUAGUUGCACCAGGAUUUGUUCACACAGAUAUGACGAAAGACUUGAAAGAAGAACAUUUAAAGAAAAGUAUCCCUCUUGGGAGGUUUGGAGAACCUAUUGAUGUGGCACAUGCGGUUGUGUUUCUUUUAGAAUCACCAUAUAUUACAGGGCAUGUUCUGGUAGUGGAUGGGGGAUUACAACUCAUGAUAUGAUAUACAGAUUAUUCAGUUAUAAUAGUGAUUAUAAUCAAGGGUACAGUUUGGCUAUUGACAGUCAUACUGUGUGGGUGACAUUUUCUAAUUAGAGCUAUUGAUGAUACAAGUAUUGAUUUUCAUCUUUAUAUGAAUAUAUCUGAAAAGAGCACUGUCUAACUAUUUGUGUUUUCUAAGUGGUAUGUACCUUAUAGGCUCUAGCAAUUUUAGUAUAUAGACAUUUGCAAGUGAUAUAAAUGGACACUAAUUUAUAUUUUUGGUCUCAAAAGUGCAAAAAUUAUAUAAUCUAAUUGGGCAUGAAUUAUUUUAUUGUAUCAGUCAAAAUUCUCUAGAAGUUAAUGUUUGGGCCAUUGCUAAGAUAGGAGUAUUUGUAGGAUAUUAUUUAGUUGUCAGUACUUUAGCAGUCCUGCCAGUUACACAUUGUAUUUCUUUUCCAUAUACCUUAGAAGAAUAGUUUUUAUACAGGUUGAAAAAAAAUGAUCAGUUUGGCAUGAAUUUAGAGCCUGGUUUCUUUGAGUGCAUUAUUCCUGAUGAAGCGGCUGGACAAAAUAAUUCACAAAUACAAAUUCACAAAUACAGAUGCGGUAUAGUUGACUGAUUCUUUAGAAAUUCUCAAAGAUGAUGAAGAUUAACCCUUAAGGUUUUAAGAUCUGGUAUAGGAAUGAGCUGAGUUCUUAUCAACUUAGGAAAUAGAAGUAGUUUUUUUGUGUAACACUCAGUUUAGCAAACUACUUAAAAAUAGUAUAACAAAUAAUGACAUCUUAAAAAUCAAGAGUAUUUUGUAUGAUUGAAUAUGAUUUUUUACCCUUAAACUUCAGAAAUACUUAAUUACAGAAAUAUGUAAUUAAUUACAGUAAUAAUUACUUAAUUACUACUGAAUCAUCAAAAAAUGAUAAAUAUGCAGUAACAACGAAUAAUAUGUCUUCAUAAGGAACAGUUAAAAAAGCAUUACUUUUAAGAGAAAAUAUCUGCCUGAGAAUAGAAGUAAAGACACAAACUGAAUGUAAAAUAUCAGGCAAUAUUUCUUUUGCAUUGAACUCUUGUAUCGAAUUCUUUUGUGGGGAAUAAUAUGAUAUUUUAAAUAAUGUGGAGGAUAAUGUCUCUGGAUUCAUGUUGAUUUUU